AUGGUCGAGCGAGUCUAUUUGCCUCAUGUGCCGGAGGAGCUGGCCGUCUACGUCGCGUACUAUCGAAACGUCUCCAAUGCCGCCUUCCUCCGCGAACAGCUUCUAGCAGGCAACCACGACUUCGAGUAUGCAUUCAUCGAUGCAAGCAUGGUCAUAUCGAGGAGACAGAUUUUCGCCGCCACAUUUCGAGCUAUCAAUGAUCUAUUGCAUGACAGGCUGAAGUCUCGCAAUGUGCAUUCUGAGAUCGUGUUCUGCCUGUCGUCGAACAACAACAUCGGGGAGGCUUUCCGGAGAUUUGGCGUUGGUGAUGCGACCAAGAACCUCAUCGUAGUCAAGGUCGCAGAAGCAGCUGAUCUGACACAAGAUCAAGUCGCGGAGCAUCUCUCGGCUAAUGUCAAAGGAGAAGAAGUAGUGUUCCGCGAAGAGGCACUGGAAGGUAUCAGUGACAUUGCUCGCAUCCGCAAGAUCUACAAGCUGCCUGCGCCGUCUGCAAGCAAAGCUACCAACGGCGUUCACCCCUCUGCCAGUGACCUUGAGCAUCUUGAGGCUCAGAUACUGGGAGCGAUGGCAUUACGCGGCGCGACUUGA